AGCAGAGGUCUGCAGGCGUCAGGAAAUCCUGUGGGGCUGUGGGGAGCCCCGCUGAGUAUGGAGGAGUGGGCUUGAUCCUGGGAGCUGCAGGCGAACCUAGUGCAGGGUUGUGGCUGCGGGCUGCACCCCUCGAAGCUUCUAGCUGGUGCCGUUGUGCCAAGCUUCGGUGCCGGUCCUCUUCCAGGAACACCAUACCAGGAGGCAGGCGGUAAGAUGCCAUUCUCCAGCCUACAUCCGUCUAUCCCACGUCCCAGAGGCCACAAGGCCCAGCAGGCGGCCUUUAUCCUGCUAGGGACCUGUCUGCUGGCCCUUUGGGUCCUGGGGGAGCCAGCAGAUCACACUCUCCAGGUCCUUGUGCUCCACCUAGCCUCUCUGCAGCUGGGACAGCUACUGAAAGAGGUCUGCUGUCUGGCUGAAGAGCUGUGCCACGUCCACUCCAGGUACCAUGGCAGCUACUGGAAGGCCCUGCAGGCCUGCCUGGGCUGCCCCAUUCGUCGCGGGGCGGUGCUGUUGCUGGCCUCCUAUUUCUACUCCUCGCUCCCCAAUGCUGCUGGCCUGCCCCUCCGUUGGCUGCUUGCCCUCCUGGGCCUUUCACAGGCUCUCUGCAUCCUCCUGGGCCUCCAGGGCCUCGCCCCAGCAGAGGUCUCAGCAGUCUGUGAAGAGAAGAACUUCAACGUUGCCCACGGGCUGGCAUGGUCAUAUUACAUCGGGUACCUGCGGCUGAUCCUGCCAGGAUCUCAUGUCUUCUUGAACUCACUGGGUAGGCAAGGAAAGAGACAGGGUCUCCAGGCUCGCAUUCAAACGUUCAAUCAGCUGCACGGCAAUAGGCUAUGGGCCGCAGGGAGCCGGAGGCUGUACAUCCUCUUCCCACUGGACUGCGGGGUGCCUGAUGACCUGAGCGUGGCUGACCCUAACAUUCGCUUCUUGCACACGCUGCCCCAGCAGAGCAUCGACCGCGCUGGCAUCAAGGGCCGGGUUUACACCAACAGUGUCUAUGAGCUUCUGGAGAAUGGGCAGACAGCAGGUGCCUGUGUCCUAGAAUAUGCUACCCCCUUGCAGACCUUGUUAGCCAUGUCACAAGAUGGCAGAGCUGGCUUUAGCCGGGAGGAUCGGCUUGAGCAGGCCAAACUCUUCUGCCGGAAACUGGAGGAAAUCCUAGCUGAUGUCCCUGAAUCUCAGAACAACUGCUGCCUCGUUGUCUACCAGGAACCUGCAAAAGGAAGUAGCUUCUCGCUGUCACAGGAGGUUCUGCAGCGCCUGCGCCAGGAAGAAAGGGAGGCGAUCACGGUGAGCAGCAGCACCGCCAGGACGUCCGUGGUGCGCGGGUCUUCUGGGCUCUCCCAAGAGCCCAAGCUCCUUAUCAGUGAUACGGAUCAACCUCUCCCACUCCGCACUGGUUUCACCUGACACCCAGGAUUGCCUUGCCUGAACUUCCAGUGCUCCCUAAACCUCUGGAUUGGUAGCUGGAGGCCUUGAACAAGGCCCUUCACUUCUCUGACCUUCAAUCGAACCCUCUAUAAAAUGGGAUUACCAGUUGGGGAGAUGCCUCAGCAAUUAAAGGCACUUGCUUGCAAAGCCUACCAGCCGAGUUCAACUCUCCAGCACCCUCAAAAAGCCAGUGCAAAAGCCCAGGGACCCAGGUUCGAUUCCCCAGU